CAAUAAUUAUAAUAAUAAUACAAAUCUGCUUUAAUUCCGAAUUGAUGUAUUCAAAAAACAAUAUCUCAUUAUUAAAAAUUAAAUUUUAAACUAAUACAAAAAUCAUUAUAGUUAAAAUCAAAAAUGGAGAUUUAAAAGCAAAAAGAAAAAAAAAUUGUAUCCAAGCUCGUACUACAUUAAAAAACUGAAUUAUAUUAGCGGUUUACUUUUUGAAAUAAUUGUUUGUUGUACAGGAUGUCCCAUAAUUUAACCGCCACAAAGGUACAUGUGAUACUAGAAAUGAAAGACGAUAAAUUUAUGUUUCUUGGAGUUUCUUUUUUCCAUCUUUAUCCGCUUAACCAAUUCACCAAUAACAAAUCUUAUUUUAUUGAUUUUGACAUCAUCAUGCUCUUUAUUAUUAUUAUUAUUGUCUUGAAAUUUUCGCACAAUCCACCAGCGAUGCUGGAUCCGCCCAUCGACGCGAUCCAUAGGCAUGGGCACGCUGCGCCACCUGCCGGCGCGCUCGCGCAACCCCGUCUAUCUUUCCGCCGCGACGACCGCCCUUAUUAUACCGCGAACCGACGACCGCGACGCUUCCGACGACGCUGUCGUGCCGCCGCCGCGUCCACCGCCUCCAGCAGCUGGGGCCUUACUUGGUAUCGAGUCGUCAGCGUCAGACAUGCCGAGGGGACCGGCCAAAAAGGUUGAGCUGGGCAAAAUGGAGAAGAGGAGACCGCCGAUAUUUAGGCCAAAGUCCAGGACUGAUUCGAGUACGGCAAGCGGCAGUAGGGGAGAAAGCAGUCGGCUACGUGGAGACGGCGGCGGAAGCAGCGACGAAGACGGUUCGCGGCAAAACAUCGACCUCAGGCAACGCCUUCAGGAAGAAGCUUCCCUGUAUCGCAGAAGGUUGGACACCUACAGGCAAGCUCAGCAAAACCAGGCCGCUCUUGUCAGUCGGUUACAAGCCAAAGUGCUGCAAUACAAGCAGAGAUGCGCCGAACUAGAAGCUCAGAUGGAUGAGUAUGCAGAUCAACCGUCUUCCUUGAGACUUACGCCGUACCAGCCUAUGGUGUCGACAGCGCAGCCGGGUUCUGCAUUAGAACAGGCGCAGCAGCACUUGAGAGAAAUCAAAGAAGAAAGAAUUACCGACCUCGAUACGGCACUUCAAAGACUGCAAGAAGAACGUAAAAAGUCUGAUAAACUCAUGCAAUUAAAUAAAUCCUUACGCGACCAACUAGAAGAAUCACACAGCACAAACGAAACACUCACUGCCGAUCUACAAAAACUAAGCAACGAUUGGGAAACGCUACGGGAAGAGAUGCUCCUCAAGGAAGAAGAGUGGAAGGACGAAGAGCAAGCGUUCAACGAGUACUACAGCACGGAACACGAUAGACUGUUAACGUUGUGGAGGAACGUGGUGGCGGUCAAAAGACUAUUCACGGACAUGCAAUCAAAUACAGUUCGCGAUCUCAACAAAAUCAAAUCAGAUGUAUCCGAUGCUAGCAGGGAGAUGUCGAUGGCGUAUUCUAGAAUGGACGCAAACGUUUUCACCGACAGAUUAAUGAAGGGUGCCAGCAAGCACGACUCCAAACUGAGUGAAACUUUGCAGAAUCUACAAUCAGAAAUAGAAACAUUAAAAGUUCAAAGGGGAAAUAUGGAAUCGGAAUUGUUGCAGAAGGAGGAGAAAAUACAGCAACUUCUGCACGAAGUCCGCGGUUUGGAAGAAAAGUGCAUAGAAUCGGACCAAGCUUCUAGCCAGAUUAUGAGAAUGCAAGAAGAAAUUGAUCUCCUCCAAGAGGCCCUGCGCGAUAUUGCCCAUGCCUUAAUACAAGACGCAGACACUAAGGUGCCAGAAACGUUGCAGCCAGGGCACAUUCACCUUACGACGGCUACUUCUAUACCCAAAAAGUCGCCGAAAAGGACGCCCAGGGGUGUCAGUUCCAGCGCUGCCUUUGCCGAAAGCACUAUAUCAGCGGUACAAGCAGCGCUACACAAAUAUCAAUCUUACAUUCAUGAACUACAAGUCAAGCUCCAAGGGACAAAGGAGCAACUUUUGUUAGUUCGGAAACAGCUCGAGAAUUCAGAAGAUAACUCGGCGGUUCUUGAAAAAAGAAACAAAGAGCUAGUGGCACAGCUGGACGCUUGCCGAACGCAAUGUUCGAAGCUCGUCCAAGAGCGCGAGUGUUUGCAAAAGUCAAUCGAUGCUUUAAAGAUUGACAAGACUCAGUUAGAUAGAAACAGGAUAGAUCUUAACUCGUCGAUGGAAUCGCUUCGACUAGAUCAAGAGAAGCUUCAGAAAAUCAAUAACAAACUGAACAAGGACCUGGAUGCGGCGCACCAGGAAAAAAAUUAUUUCCAAAGUGAAAUAGAGAGACUCAAUCAGGAGGCGGAUUUGAGAGAGCAUUCUUUAAGAGGCGAAGAGGAUAGAUGCAGCCGGUUGAGAGAAGAGCUGUUGACCGUACGGGAAGAUCUCAAUAAGUUAUACUUAACCAAUGAUAUGUUGGAGCAACAGAAACUCGAAGCAGAGUCUGUAAUAGCGGAUUUAGAAAAGACGAAAAUGGAUUAUGAAAUGCAACUGGACAAAAUAAUGAACGAGAGUUCUAACGUGCACGAUUCGCUGGUAAAGAAACAAACCAUGGCCAGCAAUCUCGAGCAAGACAAAAAAAAGCUACAAGACGAUUUGAAACGGCUGGAGGAUGAGAAACUAGCGCUGCAGAUGCAAUGUAAUGAUCAGCAAAAUGACAUUCAGUCAAUGAGGAAGGAACUGCUCCAGGCGGAGCAAUACAAACUCGAUCUGGAAUCGGAUAAGAUGUCGCUAUCGGAAAAGUGCAAAUUUCUGGAAAUGGAAAAAGAAAAAAUUGAAAUGGAGCUGACUCAAGUCACUCGAGAGAGAAACGAUUUGAGCAAUCAAUUAACGGUGCUGGGUAGAAAGAAAGAUGCUGUACACGAUGAUUUGGUGAGGUGCAAACAGAAGUUGGAGCAAGCUACUGAGACCAAUGGGCGAAUUAACAGAACCCUAGAGGAUUUAGUCAAAGAAUGCGAGGAAAAACAGUGUACAAUCGACGCAAUGGAUAAAGAAAUACAGCAUCUUCAAGAGCUGUUCGCGGGAUUAAGGUCGGAAAAAGAAGCUUUGGAGGCUGUAUUAUUCGACACGCAAACUCACCUGGAAGCGUCGGACGAAAAGAAGAUCCAGCUGGAAAAGGAAAUAGGCGAUUUAUGCGUAAAACAGGAACAGCUAAAGUGUCAAGUCUCCAAGCUAACCAAAGAUCUAGAAAAGUCCGAGAGAAGAUGCGUCGAAAUCAAAACGAAUUUGAGCCAACAAGCGGGCAGCAAGGAGGCAGAAUUCAAGCAAGCAUUGGAGAAGUUGCGACAGCAGAACGACGAGAGCGUGACCAAACUGACGCAAGAACGGGAGAAAAUUAGAACGUCGCUGGAGAAGAGACUGCAACAGUCGAUUAACGACUUGACCAACGAGAAGAAUUUAGAGGCGCAGCAGCUCAUGGAUAAAAUUGAAGCCCUCCAGAAUCACAUCGAUAAUUUGUGUCAGCAGCACGAAGAACUGAUGCUAAGAGCGGAAAAUGACAAACAACAAGCUCUGCUUAUAGCCCACCACGAUCAUCAAGCAGUUCACGACAGAUUGGAGGCGGUCCGGAGAGAGCUCGAAGAGGAGAGAGAAAACCACGAGAGGUUGAAGAGGGACGCGAUCGGACGAGCCGAGCAAGAUCGCAUUAGUAGCAAUCAACUGAGAGACGAAUUGAACAAACUCAAGACUCGGCUCGAAGAAGCACACGACAAACACGAAGAAGAAAGAACGUCGUUGCAGCACAGAAUCGAAGAGGUGAGGACAGAGAGGGACAACGCGCAGAACGAGGUGGAAAACUUCAAAGUACAACUGCGUCUGUGUGAAGAUAAAGGAGAAAGUGUUAACUCGCAACUUCAGGAGACUAUAAGACGGCUCAAGGAAGCCGAAAACAAUUCCGAAUGCCAAAGAAAAGAGCUGACCGACCUGCGCAGGUUACUAACGGACAGCAAUUUUGAAAAAGAAAAAUAUCACAAUACGAACAAAGAAUUGCGGGAUCAUGUCAAAAGGGCAGAGAGUGAGAAACGCGAGCAAUCCCGGCAGAUAGAAGAGAGCUAUCAAAGGAUAACGAACUUGGAAGAUCUGAAAGCUUCGCUAGAAAAUGAACGCGCGCGGCUUCAAAAUCAAAUUCGGGACCUAGAAAAGGACCAGCUGCAAACCGAGCACAAGGUGCAAACCGUACAAGAGGAACUGCAACGCACUCAAGCGGCCGGCACUCAGAGGGAAGCGGAAGAGAAAGAACUUCAGGCGAGACUAUUAAAUGAAAUCGAAGAACGCGAAAGAAGUCAUCAGGAAGUGCACCAACUUAGAAAACAAAUGUCCGAAUUGGAACGCAAUCUCGAACACACAAGACAAGAAUUGAACAGAACGAGGUCGCAUAGCGCUCACUUGGAAGAGCAAUGGCACGCCAAGGAGCAGGACCUUCUGAUCCAUUUAGAGGACCAUAGAGUCAAAGAAAAACGAUUGGAAGAUCAGAAACACAAUUUGGAAGUUUGUCUCGUGGACGCCACGCAGCAGAUCCAGGAAAUAAAGGCUAAAUUAGGAGGCGCAGAAGGGAGGGUGCGAGCUUUGGAGACGCAACUAGCGCAACUCGAAGCGUCCAAACGGGACGUGGAGCAAAAACUAUUGAGCGUAGUUUCAACAUUGAGGCGUAUCGCUGGUAUUCAGCUGGAUGGCUCGGUAUCGCCCGCCGGAAGGAUAUUGAGUCCGUCUAGACGAUGGAGUCCGGCCCGAGGUGGUCACGACGACGUGAAAGACGGCGCGAUCGCAAUCGACCCAGAAUUAGUAAGGAAAGGAGUAAGGAGUCUUAUGCAUCAAGUGGCACAAGUGGAAAGGGAAAGGGAUGACUGUAAAAUGCAAAUAAGUGCAAUGAAGAAGCAGCUACAGGAGACUCAAGACAACCAAAGUAAGGGCGACCACAAACUGAACAAGGUGUUACAAAGCUUAAGACAGUUACAAGACGAGAAGAGUGCAUUGGAAACAAGCUUGGGACAAAGGAACGUAGAGAUUAAGACUCAGUCGGAGGCGCUACAAAAGAAAUCGGAUGAAGUGUCUCGCAUGAGAGAGAAAAUAGUGGCGCUCGAGUUGUCGCUCAGUGGAGGAAACGACCAGAGGUUGCAAUACGAGGAUAAAAUUGAGAAGCUCAAGGCGGCUUUAGCCAAGUCAGAAAUGGAUAAACGGGGAUUACAAGAGGAGUUAUCUAGGGCGGAGAACAGAUCGACUAAAUUGGAAUUACAGAAAAUGUCCGCAGAAGGCGAUUUGCAACGAUUGCAGAUGAUGCUGCAAGAAAAAGACGGAUCAAUUCAGAAAUUGCAAGAGAAAUGCGAAAUUCAGGGUAGAACGGUGUCUAGCUUGGAAGAACGAUGCGUCUCGCUGAAGUCCACCAUUGAGCAACUGAACUGUUCGCUUGAGAAAGCAUCCCAAAGCGAGAGCGAGAUGAAGUCGGAAAUUCAACGCUUGCAGAGGAGCCUGGCGGAGAAAUCUUCCAGCUUCCAGUCGGAAUCCGAGAGACUGAAGCAAAUGCAAAAAGCACUCGCUAACAGCGAGAAUGAGAAACGCAUACUGCAAGAGAAGAUAGAGGGUACUCAUCACAACCUGGCCGAGCUGAGGAGGACCAAUCAGAUUCUGCAGGAUCAAGUGUCCAGGCUAAAUAACGAGCUGGCGAACAAUGAAGUGCAAAAAUCGGCGCUUGAAUCUCAAUUAAGACUCGCCCAAUGGCCUUCGGACACUCAAAUCAAUUCCCAUCAGGAAGAGGAGUUGAGAAUGCAGCUGCAUUCGAUCAGUCGUGAGAGGAACGAGCUGAAAGGAAAAGUAGACUCGAUGAGCAGUAAGUUGAGACAGUUAGAGGCAGAAAAUCGUAACCUGGAGAGGCUGGCGUCCAAGGUAUCAUCCCGUGCCAAAUCCUACGAGCUGCCCGAGAAGUACGAAAGUGAUAUUUCCUCUAGCGAAAUUAACAAAUACGAACAAGAAAACAGAGACCUGAGAUUAAAAAUUUCUCGAUUGGAGUCAGAGCUGGCAGAAAAAGAAGCCGAAGUCGCCCGAUUGAGGAAUCAAAAGCCCAGCUUGGACACCACAUUCGACAGGGCGGAAGUCGAGAGAUAUAGAGCCGCCCAACUUCAGGCCGAACGUCUAUUAGAAGCCAGGGAGCAAAGUCACAGGCAACAAAUCUCCAGAUUGGAGAACCAAGUGAAAAUGCUGCGGGAACAGUUGAACGAGGAAAUCAAACGUCGUCAGCAAUACGUGCUAAGAAGUACAAAAGCUGGCAGGGAAAUGCAGCAACUGCGUCAAGCUUUGGGUGACUCGUUGCGCACAGUAUCACAAGAUCCGUCGGUAGAUGCACUGCUACUGGAACAUGAAGCUAGGAAACUAGAUAGCACGCUGGCUGCCACAGCUAGUUUGCCGCCGGCCUUAGGUUUACCGACAUCGUCGUCGUACCGGCGCUCUAUGACGCCACAACCCAAAUAACUUUUGUAGUGAUUAGGACGCGAUGGUGGCAACUAACCAAUCGCUGUAGGGAGAUGGAGGCACGUUUUCUUUGAGCCAAAGAUAUUGUAGGCGCCGUAUAGGAGGAUGCUAAGGGGAGACAGUAAAUUGAUCUUUCGACACUGCCAUUUUGCACUGGUUGGACACGAGUUGUCUUUUAUUUUCCGUUUGUUUUAGGAUAUAAAGUUUCAACCUUUUCCGCGACUUUUUUACGAAAUCUUAGUAAAUAGAUACAACGUACUUAUUAGAAAUCUAUCCGUCCAUUUUUAAACCUUUAACCGCAAUAAACAAAAUACUUACAACAUUGGGAAUUUU